GCAGUAACGUAGCUAGUUGUAGUGUCGUCUCUUCCAAGAAAGUGUAGGCUGUAGUCAGGUAGCGAGAGAGAGUCGGUAGUCGGAGAGAGUGGCCAGAACUGACGGCCGCUGAAGCUCCUCCAGCCAUGGCCUCCCCCCGCCCCUCGUCUCCCGACUUCCACGACAAGAAAUAUAUGAUGUUCACCAGAAACAAUGUCCAGAGAGCUGUCAGGAACAUGAGGAAUACUGGUGUUCUGGGGUCCUAUUUGGGUGUCCCUUGGUGGAGACAGGUGGAAAUUGGGAGUCAGUUAAGAGAUAAGGGACAACUGGUGGAGGAAUAUGUCACCUACUUCAUGGACCACGACCCACUAGCCUCCUGGAGAUCAGUUAUUGUUGUUCUUGAUAGGAUGAAAAGGUUUGGAGAGAAAGAGGCUGCAGAUAAGAUACGACAUCUGGCGGAGUCUGUCACAGACCCCACACUCACUAUCAACAACCUCCGUCGCGUCACCUCUUCAGUCCAGGACUGGUAUUAUCUGGGGCACUAUGACUCUGGUCUUGGUGUUCCUCGUCCUGUGCUGUAUGAGAUCAGGAGGAUCCUGCCCUGACAGAGGAGGAGAAGAAAAACAAAGGUCCUACUCUACUUCCUCCACAAUGCCCCGAUGGCCUCCUGGGAGAGAGUUGCAGGAGCACUGUACUCCAUGGAGGAGGAGAGGGCAUUACAGGCAGUGAAGGAGUUCCUGCGAGUCUCACCAGGUUAGUCCUCUGUGUCGUCAUAACCUCGCCGUCCCUAGCAGCAGCUAUGUUCUCCCGUGGUUACCGUGACCUUUGACCUUCAGUAGGAAUCGUUCCGUUUUCCGUUUGCCGUUUUCCGCUUUCCGCUUUCCGCGGCUGUAUAUAGUUUUGCCUCGUGUAUCCUUUCGUCCCGACUGUCCCGUCCAACGCGGUCCGAGUCGUUUAUGCGCCUUGACUGCCGCCGACGGCAGCGAUUAGCGUUCGAGUUCUUUAGCGAUCUGGGGUUACGCCUACUUUAAAAAAACGCGUCCCAGGGCUUCUCCUUGUCGUGAGGAGGCGGCCUAGAGAACGAAAAACGCGUUUGAGAAAACGGAAGGCGUUCCAGCGAGGCUGGCUUUCUUCGAGGAAAAGCGGCACUUCGACUCCGCGUGGUAUAUACGCGCACGGUAUGUAUAUACGGAACGGAACGGUAUGCGUACGAUGUGGAACGCCGUUCGUUAACGUUACACCCCAGUUUAGUGUGUUAUGGUAGCAAUCGUUACUUGCAUGAAGCACAAAGACUUGCCUGGCGUUGUCAACAACCAGCAGCUUGUUACACAAGAAUUUCUCUCUCCUGUUGUGUUCCCAGAGGCCAGUCUCACUCCAGAGAACCUCUCCACAGUUCUAGACAUCAUGAGUGACGCUCUGUGGAGGAGGUUUGGUGAACUUGCCAACAUACCAGGUCUGAGUUGGACAGGAUCAAGGCACAGUGUACCAGUGACAGAGAGUGCAAACAGGCCCUCAUUCUCUCCUUCAUCUCCUCACAUCCAGCACCAUCCUGGACUCUGGUGGCAAGGGCUCUCUACAUGACUGAGGGUGACGAGGGUGACGGCAGUAGUCUCAGAGCAUUGG